AUGUCUCAACCAAUACAACACAAUGACGUUCCAAUUUUUAUAUCCGAUCAAUCCCUCUCUGCCAAUGCUUUUGAGGUAGCCAGUGAGUUAUUUCAAAUGUGGGAAUUACAGCCGUUUUAUUUAGACGAAGACAAGCCUCUUCACCAAUUGACCCUCAAACACGACCCCUCCUUCUUUCGUCAAUAUCUUCGUAUUCCCUCAUCACUUCUUCCACCGGAGCUCUCCGAAGAUUCCACUGCUCAUCCUCCCAAACGGUACACUUCCAUUCUUAAAGCUCCCACAAAGGGGGGUUUAGACCUUGAAGGUAAAAAAGAAGCCAAAAAGAUGUUAGCUGAAGAGGAUGCCAACCAAGUCUUUGAUGAUGAAGAUUUCGAUGAUUACAAUGCCAACAAAUUCGAAGAUUACGAUCAAGAAAACGAUGAUUCAGGCGCUGCCUCUGACGAUUGA